AUGAAGUUACUGUGGGAUUCAAAUAUAAAACAGAACAUUUGUGGCUCUUUGCUAAAAGUCAUCCAAACUGAACUUGAAGAAUUAUCAGCAAAACUGCAGUCAGCGACCUUUGGCUUAGAGCACAUGUUUAGGGAGAUGGGACAGAUCUAUGAGGCCCAUGCAUCUGUCAACAGAACGACAGGAGAGCUGAACUGGUCCAAAUACCCUGAACUGGCUGCAGAGCUGAUGAUAUCAGGACACCCAGUGGAGCUGAUGGAUGGUGACGCUGGCCACGUGCCUUUAACAUGGAUCAUUCGUCUUCUAGAUGCUGUCAUCAAGAAACUGGGAGACAAGCGAAUUUUUGUUUUGUCAGUUCUAGGCAUCCAAAGCAGUGGGAAAUCAACAAUGCUGAAUGCCAUGUUCGGCUUACAGUUUGCUGUCAGUGCUGGCAGGUGCACGAGAGGUGCCUUCAUGCAGCUAGUCAAAGUUUCAGCAGAGAUCCAGAAAGAUUUUAAAUUUGACUAUGUUUUAGUUGUGGACACUGAGGGACUGCGUGCUCUUGAGUUGGCAGAGAACACCAGUCUUCACCAUGACAAUGAAUUGGCAACGUUUGUCACUGGUCUGGGAAACCUGACUUUGAUCAACAUCUUUGGAGAGAAUCCAGCAGAAAUGCAAGACAUUCUUCAGAUUGUUGUGCAGGCUUUCAUGAGGAUGAAGGAGGUAAAUCUCUCUCCAAGUUGUGUGUUUGUUCACCAGAAUGUUACAGAUAUUGCAGCUGGAGAGAGAAACAUGGAAGGAAAGAGACGCUUACAAGAAAAACUGGACAAGAUGGCCCAGCUAGCUGCCAAAGAGGAAGUGUGCAAUGCUGACUGCUUUAGUGACAUCAUUACAUUCGAUGUACAAACAGAUGUUAAAUACUUUGCCCAACUAUGGGAGGGAAGUCCACCCAUGGCCCCUCCAAACCCAGGUUACAGCGAGAGCAUCCAAGAACUGAAGGACAUCAUCCUCACAAAAGCAUCAAAAUCUAAGGCACUGACUCUCUCACAGUUCAAAAGCCGCAUUUCAGACCUGUGGAAAGCCUUGCUGAAUGAACACUUUGUUUUCAGCUUCAAAAACACACAGGAAAUUGCAGUGUACAGAAAACUUGAGGUCCAGUACGGGAAAUGGAACUGGGCCUUGAGAUGUGCCCUGUUGAACAUUGAACACCAGCUUCAUAACAAAAUUGAAACUGGAAAACUUGACAAGGUUGAUCGCAGUUAUCUUGUUAAGGAGAUGACCACUACUCAAGAAGAUGUCCAAAAGGCCAUGAAGACAUACUUUGAGGAUGAUGAAGAUAAAGAGAUUUUGGUUCAAUGGCGAGGUCGAUUUGAAAGCAAAAUAAAGGAGUUUCAUGAUGAACAGGUGAAAGAAGUUAAAAGAAAGCUGGAGGAAGUUAUCCAGCAGAGGAACACCUGCAAAGAGCUAGAUGACAAAAAGGCCGAGUUUGAGAACAAGCUACUGCAAAAAAGCAAAGAGCUCGCUCAUGAGUUGAAAGACAAGGCAAAAGAUGAAAAGGAACUUCAAAAGCAAUUCAACAGAAUUUGGGACGUUCGAGUCAGUGAAUUAGCAGCAGCUGCACCCAAAAUUAAGGAUAUUUCCAUUCAAGAUGAAUUGUUUUGUAUCCUUACUGACCUUAGCAUUGAAUGGUCUCUUAUAAAUGAAUGCAAGAAACGGGGUAAAUACAAAAACAUGCCAAAGAUAGGUAACUUUUUUGGUUAUGUAUCCAUAACCAAGGGCAUUUUGGCAGCCAAAGCAUGGGAGAAUGUUAAGGCCGCCCUUAGAUUGAAUACUCUUCCUUAUGAGGAGGACCAACGGAUCAGAUCCUUCAUCGCUGAGGUUGAGAGACAGUCCAUAGAGAAAAUUAGGACCAAGCCUGUUGCUAGUAGAGGCUACACUUCCACCUACUUGCAUGAAGUAGCCAGUAAUGUCAAAGACAAAGUCAAAGCUUUUGAAUCAGAGACAAAGACAUACACUUUCAAGAAUGACUUUACAGUUGAUCUUUUACUGUAUGUAUGUGACAUUGCAGGGAAGCAGCUAUUAAAGUCUCAUGAGGAAUUCAAGACCAAUAAUGAUCUUCUGACUCAUUUUAAAAGCAAGAAAGACCAUCAUUACAGGAUAUUUGUGAGCUAUUGUGAAGGUAACUCCUCUGCUGUUGUGCUUGGUGAACUGAUCUGUAACAAACUGAAGGACUCCACAGUUCAGGCUGUGUACAACAUGACUGCCAUGGAGCUGGCUGACGAGAUGAUGCACAGUUACCCACCCCUCAGUGGAAACAAGGCUAACUUGGAGAAACACAUUUUAAAGUCACUGGCAGAGAAAGAGGACUUUGACAGCUACAUAAAUUACCUCAGGCGCCCAAGAUCCCACAUGGAGUCUUUCAUAACAGAAGAAGUAGAGAAAUACAUCCUCACUGAACACAAGGACAAAGCACUCAGUACUCUCAAGAAAAACGUGAAACGUAUAGAGAAGCUUGUGAGUGACGCAGUGGAAACUGCAACUGAGUAUGUCAAAACUCAGGGAGGAGACAUCGACAUGUGGCUGGAGGAGUUCUCCAGUUCUCUGGAAGAUGAGCUGGCAUUUUCUACAAACUACGGUCAAAAUUUUGGUGACAUAAACGACUUUGACUUUUUCAAGGAAGAGCUAGACAAAGGCAUUAAAUCCAUUGUUGAGGAGAUGAGUAGGCUCACGAUAGACAGUAUGGAGCAAUUCAGUGAGAGGCCUGAUCAACUGCUUAUCGACCACAAAUGUAAGACCUGCUGGAGUGAAUGUCCUUUCUGUGGAGCCGUUUGCACCAACACAUAUGAGGAUCACAGUCCUAAUGAUCAUAUGGUCACUUUUCAUCGCCCCGAUGGGAUCAAGGGGUUCCAUUUUAGAGAUACAGUAGAACUAUCCGUUGAUUUCUGCUCAACAUUAGUUACAAGGAAUCAGGCGUUUUACCCUAAUUCUUCUUCAGAUCAGGCUGUUCCUUAUAAAGAGUACAAAACAGCUGGAGGUAAAUAUGCUGAGUGGAGCAUCACACCUGAUAAUUCUACGCUGGCAUACUGGAAGUGGUUUGUAUGCCGAUUUCAAAAGCACCUGGAAAAUUACCAUGAAAAAAAAUUUAAGGGCAAAGGAGAGAUUCCCAGUGAAUGGAAACGUUUCACCAAAGAAGACGCCAUCAGGAGUUUGGAGAAACUGUAAAACCUGCGAGUGACCCAGGGACAAAAAGAGCCCUUCUCAAAGUAACGAGGCUCUCUGAUCUCCACCUGAAAACUCAUGAGGGGAAUUCUAACAGCAAGAGAUUCAUAAAGACUUCAUUACAGAGAGAGCGAGCGGUCAGUGAAUGAGAAAUGAGAACAGGCAGUAAAAUAUUACACAGGCGCUUUGGCUGUUGAAAAGAAAUAUUAGUUCUCCAAUAAAAUGACCAAAUAAAGCAAAAGAAGGCAAGAUUAGUUCCUAAAAGGACUGUUAGGUAUUAAAUGUGAUUUUUCUUAAAAUGAGCUCACAGUGUUUUAUUCCAGAUCCAUAAAGUGAGUCAUUGUUAUUAAGUCGUGGGUUUUCCUGAAAAUGAAGCUGCUCUACACGGCAGCAAAGCAGAAGAGAAAACUUUAUCAAUGUAAAUCUUGAGUUUGUUGUCAAUAAAAGAGAAUGACAAAAAGUAUUUUAUACAG